GCCAGUGUAUCCGCUCUGAUCAUAGGACUGUCAGCAGCCAAUUCCGUGAAAAUUAGAAAUACUGUAAUAAAGAUUUAAAAAACGUAUAUACUACGUGGAAUGCAUAUGCAACGUACGCGUGAAAAUAUUUUUUGGGGGGGGCUUAAUUUGGCACCUUACAAACUAGUAGCAGAGCCGUAAAGUCUGAAGUUACCAGCUGAGCUUAGUUAGCUCCUCGGCCGCCCGUACUUCCCAGCCUUCUUCGGCUGGACGGACUCGUGGGAACUUACCUUGCUCUCGAUUCACGGGCAUGGCGGCUUGUGCUCCUCCCGGCCUCCUCUCUGGGCCCGCGCUCCCUCGCCAGCUCGUCGCCUUCCGCUGCUACUGGACCCCAAAGCUCUCCUCCUCCUCCUCGUCCUCCAGGCGCCCGUGGCGCAGGCACGUCGUUGUGGUUACAGCUGCCUCGGCCCGCGCCUCCCCUGCGGUCGCUCGGGGCCUCGACGCCGACGACUUCCGCCACCCGCUCGACAAGCAGAACACUUUGCUGCUAAGAGCGGUUCCGGGCCUUAACGAUAUGGGCAAAGCUUUGCUAGGGCCGGUCUCAGAGCAAGUAAUGGUCCUCCAGAACAUUGGAUCAUCUGUUCUCGUUUCCCCGAACCAGCUGCCUGAUCUUCACCAGCUCCUGGUUGAGGCUGCAAAACUAUUGAACACGGAAGCUCCCGACUUGUACAUACGGCAGAAUCCUGUUCCUAAUGCGUACACCCUAGCAAUCAACGGCAAAAAACCAUUCAUCGUUGUCCACACAAGCCUUGUGGAGCUGCUGACUAGAAAGGAAUUGCAGGCUGUUUUGGCUCAUGAGUUGGGUCACCUGAAGUGCGAUCAUGGUGUGUGGCUUACCUUUGCCAACAUACUAACAAUGGGAGCAUACACUGUCCCUGGUUUUGGCAUGGUUGCUGGCUUCCUGGAAGAACAGUUGUACAGGUGGCUACGAGCUGCAGAGCUGACUUGCGAUAGAGCAGCUCUUCUUGUGGUGCAAGACCCAAAGGUUGUCAUCUCAGUUCUGAUGAAACUGGCCGGAGGAUGCCCAUCUCUUGCCGACCAGCUGAACGUGGAUGCCUUCUUGGAGCAAGCUCGUUCCUAUGACAAGGCUGCGUCGAACCCAGUUGGGUGGUACAUCCGGAAUGCUCAAACUAGAGAGCUUUCACACCCUUUGCCUGUGAUGCGAGCCCGCGAGAUUGAUGAGUGGUCAAGGAGCCAGGAGUACAAGACCAUAAUGCAAAAAAUGCUUCAGCUGGGGUUAAAUGAAGUCUAGUUAAUGGUGACACAUAUGAAAAGGAUUGUAGAGUGUAGACUGUGUAGUUUGUAUAUGAAACGGAAUGUCUGGAUUUGGAGUACACCAUUGCUGUUGGAAAACAGAUACAGGCAUGGACGUAUAAUGUAUACAUGUGCAGUUUUACAUUA